AUGUUUUCCCAAGAUGCUUUGUAUGGCUUCACCGAGUCUCUGAGUUGGCUCAGGAGCAUGAGUGACAAGUUAAAUGCGGAAGUAGUGGAACAAGUAAACAAUACCCAAGAACUAGUGAUGAAAAAUAAUUUUAUGAAGGAAUCUAAUGAGUAUUUACUAAAAAAGUGCUUGGAGGAAAGUAGAAUUUCAGACGUCGCUUCGUGGCGGUGGGUUCUAGAUGACCUUGCGAAACGCCUAGAAGAUUCAAUUGACGCUCUGAAACAUGAAAGUGACGCUCUCCGUGUUGUAGUGCAUAGAAUAGAUUAUGAAAUUAACGCAGCCACCAGCUACGUUGCAAAACCGGGAGCUUUAAGUCCAAUGAUCGAUCAUGUUGAAGAAGCAAUUAUGCAGGAACUGGCGUUCCUGCGUGAAGAAAAAAGAAAUUUCGAGAGAAUGAUUAUCCAAGUUAACAAACAGAUAGCAGGACUCGAGAAAACGAAGAAAAGAAUAGUAGACGAUGCAUUUAAUAAAUACCAGGCAAUGUCUGUUGAUGAAGCAUGCUGCCAUAAUGAUCAUAAGUUUGUUAAUAUCGAGAACAAUAAAACGAAAAAACCUAAAAAGGCCGCUAGAGUACAACUUUCAAUAACAGCUCAGGCGUAUGGAACAAGAGUUGAUUCUGCUCUUAGAAGACGGUUGCACUCUAACGUUAUAAAAUUGCAAGAUCUCGAUUGGCAAAGAGAAGAGGCCAUUCGGGAUUUUCAAUCUAUGGAAAAUGAACUCACCACAACAGAAAAAAGUGUUCUUGAUACGAUGGAUAGACAGAAGACGGUUCAGGAUAGGUUGGCUGAAAGAACACUACGACCUUUUGGAGAACAUACCUCUGAUGGUGUUAACCGUCAGCUGCGUAAUGAACUGGGCAAACUUAGACAAUUUAUCAAGGAGUUAAGGACUAACAUACAAAUUAUAAUAUCCUUACAAAAUCAUCUCAGAGGGGCUAUAGCGCAUAUAGACUGCAACGCCGAAGACAUAGCUCAAGUGGUAAAAAUAGACCAAGAAAGACUGCGUGCUCGGUUAGGGGAUGAAACAGGAACAAAUGUGAACGCAACGAACACCGCAUCUUUACCUCAGCCACGUCACGAUUCUUCUGAGAGACGAAUGGAAUAUCCUCUCGAUGCUAUUAAGGAAGAGGACGAAAACGAUUUAUUUUAA